AUUUUCAAGGAGUUUAGAAAAUUCAUUGUAUACGUACAAAAAGUAUAUACAUACAAUAAUACCCAUCAAAGAAAAAGUCAAAAAAGAUUCAAUUUUUAAUCAUCAACAAGACCUGCUGGUUAGGGUUUUUGUGGUUGUCUCUUCAAUUUUCUGCUUGUGGGUGCUGGUCAAUUGGAGAUAAGAUUCAGUACUUCUCAAGCUCCGACUCUCCUGGUGGUUGUGCUGCUUUGAGGUUUAUUUCACUGCUGGAUUCUGGUGAUUUCAACUCAAAGAGAAGAAGAGUGUGUUGUGAAGUUUAUUUUAAGAGAUUUCUGCAGCUUCUUUUGGGUUUGCUUAGUCUGAAGGUGCUUUGUUUGUAGAGAGGAAGGUUGGUUUUGUUCGGCUAUUAAGGUGUGCUGGUGGUUCGUGGUGAUGAUUAUGGUGAUUCAUGGGUAGUAAAGCAGCAGAUAUUGGUGCAAAAAAUGAUAAUAAAGCUGUGACCGGCAUGCCGAGCUUCGUUCCUCCAGUGAUUUCCUCUUCAAAUCCUACUGUUGCUGAAGAAAACAAUAUUCGCUCCUCUAGAAUCUCAGAUUUUGCAACACUUGAGCAGUCUCUUGGAUUUCGUAUAGAAGAUGCUGUUGACCUUAGUAGAAAUCCAGUGUUUAAUCAACUAAAGUCGAGUAGUCAGGCAGUAGGUGCCAAUGCUCAAUUUGGUGCCCUAAAUAAGCAUCUCGUCCCCACAAAUACAAACUUCUCUGCUGCUAUUGUGGGUUCCCAAACAUUAGCACUACAGAAGGAAAUGCAACCAAAUCUGGUGUCUAUGCCUGGCGGUCAUCGUGAGAACUGGGGAGAGUCCAAUAUGGCAGAUGCAAGUCCUAGAACCGAUACCUCAACAGAUGAUACGGAUGAAAAGCUUCAAAGGGGUGACAGGGGUCAGUCAACAGCUAUUGUGGCAUCUGAUUCGAGUGACAAAUCCAAAGAAAAAGCAGGGGAUCAAAAGACAUUACGUAGGCUUGCUCAAAAUCGUGAAGCUGCGCGAAAAAGCCGAUUAAGGAAAAAAGCUUAUGUACAACAACUAGAGAGCAGUCGACUGAAACUGACCCAACUUGAGCAAGAGCUCCAGCGAGCUCGCCAGCAGGGUGUUUUCAUUUCGAGUUCUGGAGACCAAUCAAACUCAAUGAAUGGAAAUGGUGCCUUAGCAUUUGAUGUAGAAUAUGCUCGGUGGCUAGAUGAACACAACAGACAUGUCAGUGAGCUAAGGGCUGCGGUCAAUUCACAUGCGGGGGACACUGAACUUCGCACUGUUGUUGACAAUGUCAUUACACAGUUUGAUGACGUAUUCAGGCUUAAAGGCAAUGCAGCAAAAGCUGAUGUCUUCCACAUAUUGUCUGGAAUGUGGAAGACACCAGCCGAGCGGUGUUUCAUGUGGAUUGGUGGCUUCCGCUCAUCUGAGCUCCUCAAGCUCCUUGUUACUCAAUUAGAGCCUCUCACUGAACAACAGUUGAUGGCCAUCUACAACUUGCAGCAAUCAUCCCAACAGGCUGAAGAUGCUCUGUCACAAGGGAUGGAGGCAUUGCAGCAAUCUCUGGCUGAGACAUUAGCCAAUGGCUCACCUGGAUCUUCAUCUGGAAACGUGGCAAACUACAUGGGUCAAAUGGCAAUGGCCAUGGGUAAGCUCGGAACACUUGAGGGGUUCCUUCGUCAGGCCGACAAUCUACGUCAACAGACAUUACGACAAAUGCAUCGUAUAUUGACAACCCGGCAAUCAGCCCGUGCCCUUCUCGCAAUAAACGACUAUUUCUCUCGACUGCGAGCCCUCAGCUCUCUCUGGCUGGCUAGGCCUCGCGAGUAAGCAGCUGUAGACUCUUCCUUUAUGAGAUUGUCUUGAAAAGCAUGACCACCUGAAGCUUAUAGGAAUCAUACAUGUGACCCCAUAAGUCUCUCCUCUGAAGUCCUCGCUGGACGGCCCACCUUAAUGUAAUUAUAUAGGCUUUCCAUCCUGUAACAUUAACUGUUUCUCUUCUAGGGUGAUUGCAUUAUAAUCUGUGUUGUAAAAAAUAUGCAUAAUAUUGUGGUCAGGUUUGAUGUUUGUUAUCUCCAAAGAAUUGUAGAAGUGUUGGUAGUUUGUAGGUUACAGCUAAUGUAUUAUCUUGUGUACCAAUUGUUAAAUUUAAUCAGGGUUUAUUACUUUUGUUUGCCUA